AUGCUCCAGACAGUCGACGACAAGCUCGUCUUCAAGUUCGAUGCCGAGACGCUCUGGAUCCAGCCAUGGGGUGCCAACGCCCUGCGCAUCCGCUCGACCCGCGCUCGGGAGAUGCCCCACGAAGACUGGGCCCUGCUGAAGCCUGCCGCAGCUACGCCCAAUGUUACCAUUGACGAGCAGAGCGGUGGCACGCUCAAGAACGGCAACAUCAUAGCCUCCAUCACCAAGGCAGGCAAAAUUACUGUACACAAUGCAAAGGGCGAUCUGCUGCUUGAGGAGUACACCCGCGCCCGCAAAGAUGUCCGCGACCCCAAGUGCAGCGCCCUCAACGUCGAGGCUCGCGAGUUCAAGCCCCUCGCCAACAGCGACAGCUACCACCUGACUGCUCGUUUUGAAUCCGUCGAUCCAGACGAGAAGCUUUUCGGCAUGGGCCAGUACCAACAGCCAUUCCUCGACCUCAAGGGCCAUGACCUUGAGCUCGCCCACCGCAACUCACAGGCCUCUGUGCCUUUUGCCUUGAGCUCCCUCGGCUACGGCCUGCUUUGGAACAACCCAUCCAUUGGCAGAGCGUUUCUCGGCCGCAACAUCAUGUCCUUUGAUGCGCGAUCCACGACGACGCUAGACUACUGGAUUGUCGCCGGCGACACGCCCGCCGCCAUCGUCGAAGCUUACGCUGACGCUACGGGAAAGGUCCCCUUGGCACCCGAAUUCAUGCUGGGAUUUUGGCAGUGCAAGCUCCGCUAUCAGACCCAGGAGGAGCUCCUCUCCGUUGCCCGCGAGUACCGCCGCCGCGAGCUCCCCAUCGACCUCAUCGUCAUCGACUUCUUCCACUGGCCGACGCAGGGCGACUGGCGCUUCGACCCCACCUACUGGCCCGACCCCGACGCCAUGAUCGCCGAGCUGCGAGCGCUGAAGAUUGAGCUCAUGGUCAGCAUCUGGCCCACCGUCGACAAGCGCAGCGAAAACUACCGCGAGAUGCUCGAGAAGGGCUAUCUCAUCCGCGUCGACAGAGGCAUCCGCGCGGCCAUGGACUUCAUGGGCAACACGGUGCACUUUGACGCGACGCACCCCGGGUCGCGUGAGUACGUCUGGCAAAAGGCCAAGAAGAACUACUACGACAAGGGCAUCCGCAUCUUCUGGCUCGACGAGGCCGAGCCCGAGUACAAGAUUUACGACUUUGACAACUACCGCUACCACGCGGGGCCCAACACGGCCGUCGGGAACCUGUACCCGCUCGAGUACGCGCGCGCCUUUUACGAGGGCAUGCGCGCCGAGGGCCAGGAGAACAUUGUCAACCUGCUGCGCUGCGCGUGGGCCGGCAGCCAAAAGUACGGCGCCCUCGUCUGGAGCGGCGACAUUGGCUCCUCGUGGAUCAGCCUGCGCAACCAGGUCGCCGCCGGCCUGCACAUGGGCGUCGCCGGCCUGCCGUGGUGGACGACGGACAUUGGCGGCUUCCACGGCGGCGACCCCACGGACCCCCGGUUCCGCGAGCUCUUCGUGCGGUGGUUCCAGUGGGGAGCCUUCUGUCCCGUCAUGCGCCUUCACGGCUUCCGCGAGCCCAUGCAGCCGCAGCACGGCACGACGGGGGGCGCCGCGUGCCUCAGCGGCGCGCCGAACGAGGUCUGGUCCUACGGCGAGGACGUGUAUGCCAUUUGCAAAACGUACAUGGUCCUGCGCGAGACGUUACGGGAGUACACGCGGGGGCUGAUGAAGCAGGCGCACGAGAAGGGCACGCCCGUCAUGCGCAUGCUCUUCUACGAGUUCCCCGAGGACCAGGAGUGCUGGAGGAUCGGGCAGCAGUACAUGUACGGCGACAAGUAUCUGUGCUGCCCCGUCCUGCAGGAGGGCGCGAGGCGGUCGAAAGUCUACCUGCCGAAGCUGGCGAGCGGCGAGUGGACGUCUUUGCAGGAGGGCAAAGAGGAGCGGUAUUCUGGCGGUCAAUGGGUUGAGGUUGAUGCCCCGUUGGAGUGGAUGCCUGUGUUUGUUAGGGCGUGA